AUGUACCAUUCGUUCAUCCAUCGGUUUGUACCAUCGAUCACGCUUCCAUAUGCACAUUCUGCGUUGAAGGCUUACUCUGUGGCUGUGCCCCAUGUCACCAACAACUCGAUGGUGCUUGAUCUGUUUGUGGCAUGUGGUGCUCUAGUCAUGGGAUUUGGAAAUGCAGCUACACGUGAUGAGAGUCUCAAGUACUACAGAUGUUGCGUGAUGAAUCUCAAAACCCAGAUCAACAACCAGAAGAUCAACGGAACAGAAAGCUGGUUGCUAUCGGCCCUUCCAAUCCUGUUGAUAUUCGAGAAACACCGAGGAACUUCUGUGACUAAGUCGAUGAAACACCUCCAUGGUCUUUAUCUCAUGAUCAAAGAGAGGGAGAAGCAAAAGAUGUUGACCGGAGGGCCCAAAUUGGGGAUGGUGCCCGAUGAAAGAUCGUCUUUGGAAUCGUUUUUGUACCACUAUGCUACCGGAAUUUUGUUUGUUUCCGACGAGGGAUUGAAGAAAUAUCUUCCCAGAGGUGUAUUUCGCCAUCUUUUGAAGUCUUUGAUCACUCCGAUCUAUAGAAGUGAAAUCGUGUGGGUGAACAAUCCAGUUCUAGGUGGUUCCAUCUUUUUGUUCGAAAUAGUGGAGAGAAUUUCGUGGUUUUUCCGCCAGCAUUCUAGCACUGGAAUAUGUGAUGCAGAUGAAGGUAAUGGUCUGCUCAAGGAACUGGAUGAUUGGCGAUUCCCUGGUAUGCCGGAUACACUCGCAGGACUAUCUGAAGGCCGUUCUCUCAAAGCCCACCACGAUGCCGCAAUGGUAUGGAAAAACGGAGCAAGAAUUCUUCUUUUGAAGGCUCUACAUCCUGAUAUCAGCGAAAAUGAUAUCAGAAUUCGCACUUGUGUGGAUGAUGGAAGGAAUUGGCUGGAAAAGAUUCCUCUCGGUGGUGAUACCGGUUGUACCGGCUGCACAAUCUUUUGGCCAAUUGCAAUGAUAGGCUGUGCCUCUACACGGCAGGAAGAUAGAGAGUUUAUCAGAAACAUGAGUACCGGACUAGCAGAAGUGGUUUUCUCGGUGUCUAGUUAUCAGCUGUUGGACCUCUGCAUGCAUGCUUGGGGCGAGAAAACCGAGUUUCCUGAAAGAGGCCUGGAUGUGCUCUAUAAUAGGAAUAUCAUGGACAACUAUUAUCUAUAG